GUCCAACUUACUGACUGAACACUAACCAACGCAGUAUGAACUUCUUUCUACUGUUACUUCUAUCAUUGCUAGUUGUUCAAGCAACUCAAUUUGAUAUCUAUGCCGAUAAGUUCCCCCAGGAUCAAACUCAUGAUCCAGACAACACAGACUUGUCCACAUACUACGGCCACUUGAACAAUGCAUCCUUGCUUUGGGGCCCUUAUCGAUCCCUGCUUUACUUUGGAGUACGUCCUCGUUUACCCAGAUCCCUACUUUCCGGAUUGAUGUGGUUCAGUGUCAAUGACUACUCUUCUGUUGGUAAAAUCAGACACUUCUACCAGCAACAUGACCAGUUGAAAAAGGCCAAUUGGGUGAAAUAUGAUCCAAGAUAUGGUGGCAGGCAAGUGAUUGAUGAUGACGAGUUUCACGUUACAAUUACAAUUGAUUUUGUCAAGUCUGAAGAUGGAUUGAGUUGGGGUGUUCAUGUUCUGAGUGUUCCUCAUCCUGGACACGAAAAGGACAAUAUUUCCUUUGUAUGGUAUUCUGGAUUAGAAGGUGAAACAAACACCAAGAACGAAUUUGAUACUGCUGAACGUAGUGGAUAUUUACGUUUAGACAAUAGCAAAAACGUCAAUGGAUAUGAAGGUACUGUUAAACUUGUUGGUAUCAGUGAGGAAUUGGGUGCAUUCACAUUAGAAGUUACCGAUGGGCCCAGUACCAACGUUCAUCCAAAAGGUGAUCCAACUAUCCAUCCAGAAUUAGACCCUAGAAAGGCCCAUUAUUUAAGUUUGUCUGUACCUGAUGAUAAUGUCUGGAAGGCAAGAGAUAUAUUUAUGACCUUACUUCAGGAACUGAUUCAGGAAUUGUCUGGUGAUAGGCCAUUGGAAGGAAUCCCACCUGAAAACUUGUUCAUUAUUAGAGAUUUACAAGGAUUUGAAGGAAAUGUUCAUUUUUUGCAAAAGAUCUAUCAAGGGAAAUGUGAAUUUGACGUUUUAUUUAAUAAUGCAGUUACUCCUGAUCAAAUAACUAGUGAAAACUUACCAGCAUUGGUUCAUACUACACUUGAGAAAGUAGACAAGAAGUUUGAAACCAAGUUUUUGCUCAAACCACCAUUUACUAGCUCCAAACACCACGAAUUUGCUCAGGAAAUUGUUUCUGGAUUAUUAGGAGGAGCUUCCUAUUUCUACGGAGACCAGUUAGUCGACCGGGAAACCAGUCUCGAUGACGAAGAAUUCAAACUAGUUGGCAAGCUUGAAGGACCAUCUGAAUUAUUCACACUUGUCCCAUCACGUCCAUUCUUCCCUCGAGGAUUCCUCUGGGAUGAAGGAUUCCAUUUACUCCCUCUUCUCAACUAUGACUCCGAUUUAGUUUUAGAAAUCGUUAAAUCCUGGUUUAAUCAAAUUGACGACAAUGGAUGGAUAGCAAGAGAACAAAUUAUUGGCCCUGAGCUGAGAAGCAGAGUUCCAACCGAAUUUCAAGUGCAAUCCCCAGAGAUUGUUAACCCUCCAACUUUAACAUUAGUUCUUAUCCAUCUUCUCAAUCACGUUUCUCCAUAUGAUGAUAUUGAACAGCCAUUGGAAGUAGGCGAAGUCAAGGAUAAAUUAGGCAGCUUUAUCUUGCAUCAUCCUGAAGUAUUGACCAAUUACACCCGACAAGUAUACCCGCAACUCAAGAAACAUUUGAACAUGUUUAGACAUUCCCAGGCGGGAUCCAUUGAUGAAUUUGAUAGAGGAACCAACAAGGAAGCUUACAGAUGGAGAGGAAGAACCGUUACCCAUUGUCUUGCAUCUGGGUUGGAUGAUUAUCCUCGGGCUGAAGAUGUUGAUGUGGGAGAACUCAAUGUCGAUUUAUUGAGUUGGAUUGGAGUGAUGACGAAAUCUUUACGUAUCAUGGCCACUCUACUCAAUCACACUUCCGAUGUCACUCAAUACACUCAAAUCGAACAGGACAUUGUUUCCAACCUUGAUAAGCUCCAUUGGUCGGAUGAACACAACUGUUAUUGUGACGUGACGAUAGACGACGACGAUGAAGAUAUUCACGUGUGUCACAAGGGAUACAUCUCACUUUUCCCAUUCAUAACUCAUCUUCUUAGUUCAUCCGAUACGGAGAAACUCACCCAUAUAAUUGAUCUCAUAACUACUGAACUUUGGACCCCGUUUGGUAUUCGCUCAUUGUCCAAUCUUGAUCUGGAAUAUAAGACUGGUGAAAACUAUUGGAGAUCACCUAUCUGGAUAAAUAUCAACUAUUUGAUUCUUGAGUCGAUACAACAUUAUCAUGGUCUUACUUAUUCUCCAGAGUUAAAAGAAAAGUUAGCAAAAGCAUACAAAGAACUUAGAGUUAAUGUGGUAACCAACGUCUACAACGAAUGGAAGAACACCGGUUUUGUAUGGGAACAAUACGAUGAUGAAACUGGUAAACAUAAAGGGGCCAAGAAUUUCUUGGGCUGGACUAGCUUGGUCUUAGUUAUGAUGAAUAUGCCUGAGGAAUUGAAGUAAUUGUACAAGCUAUAGAUAUAUAUAUAUUUAGAUUCUUCAUAAUUUUUAAAUACGUUUGUAAACGGUAGUUCUUUGGCUAUCGCUCAGGGAUUACUUGGAAGGAUCUUCUUCAAAUCUCAAAUCCCAACCAAUUUGUUCACCCAAAGUAGGCAAUACUUCAGCAACACUUUGAACAUCCUUAUCCCCUCUACCACUAACAUUGAUAACAAUUUUCUUACCUUUACCCAACUUCUUGGCCAAAUUGACCCCACCGAAAAUAGCAUGACUUGAUUCUAAAGCAGGAAUGAUACCUUCUAACUCACUUAACCAUUUGAACCCUUGUAAUGCUUCAGCAUCAGUAGCAGCAAUGAAUUGAGCACGACCGGUACUCUUCCAGAAUGCCAAUUCAGGACCAACACCAGGGUAAUCUAACCCAGCACUGACAGAAUGGGUGUCGUGGACUUGACCAUCUUGAUCUUGUAAAACGUAGGUCUUGACACCAUGGAAAACACCUGGGAUACCAGCGGUCAAAGUGGCAGAGUGACGUUCAGUGUUUAAACCAUCACCACCGGCUUCAACACCAAGCAUCAUAACCAGGGUGUCUUUCUCAAAUGGAGAGAACAUACCGGUAGAGUUAGAACCACCACCGACACAAGCAACAACGGCAUCAGGCAAUGCACCAUCGUUUUCCUUCAUGAACUGUUCCUUGGUUUCUUGGCCAAUAACACUUUGGAAAGUUCUAACUAAAGUGGGGUAUGGAUGUGGACCAAUAGCAGAACCAACGACAUAAUGGGUAGUUUCCAAGUUAGAAACCCAGAAUCUGAAAGCUUCACUGGUGGCAUCUCUUAAAGUUUGAGUACCAUUACGGACAGCUACAACUUUAGCCCCUAAGAUUCUCAUUCUAAACACAUUCAAGGCUUGUCUUCUGACAUCUUCGGCACCCAUGAAAACCAUACAUUCCAUUCCGAAUUUGGCACAGGCAGUGGCGGUAGCAACACCGUGUUGACCAGCACCGGUUUCGGCAAUAAUCUUCUUCUUACCUAAUCUCUUGGCAAUAAGAACUUGAGCAAGAGCAUUGUUAAUCUUGUGGGAACCGGUAUGGUUUAAAUCUUCACGCUUCAACCAGAUUUCAGCACCGCCGGCAAAUUCGGUCAAUCUUUCAGCCUUGUGUAAAGAAGAUGGACGACCAAUGUAGGAGUAUAAUCCACGGAAUUCUUUCCAGAAUUCUGGGUCGGCUACAGCAUCUUCAAACCCACGUUCUAAUUCAAUCAAACAGGUGUGAAGGGCUUCAGGGACAUAUUGACCUCCAAAAUCACCAAAGUUUGGAUUGUAUUUAUGAGUUUCGUGCAAUACUGGUUUAGUAUUGGAUUUCUUGGCACCUGACUUGCUGAUUUCACUGACAACACUGGAAGAAUGACUUACUUGGAAAUCUUCUCCCAAAAUGGACUUAACGAAUUUAUAAGCACAAUCACCACGCUUGCCUGGCGCAGAUUCACCAAGUAAAGUAAUGAUCUUGGAACCGAUCACUACCCCAUCAGCACUUUCACCAACAGUUAAAAAGUGUUCUCUAGUACUAACACCGAAACCCACAGCUAAUGGAGUGUCUCCGGAAAAUUUACGGACUCUGGCACAUAAUUCGUCAAUACCGGAAGAAACGGUGGAUGAAGCACCAGUGGUACCCAUCUUAGAAACAACGUAAAUAAAGGAGUCGGCAAUUGCUCCCAAUACUUCUAAUCUUGCAUCGGUGGUUGCUGGAGCAACCAAUGGAACAUAACUCACGCCAAACUCAGCACAGGUGGUUCUGAAUUUAAUGGCUUCUUCAGGUGGCAAAUCAACAACAAUAAACCCGUUAGCUCCGGCAUCGGCACUAUCUUUAAUCAUCUUUGCUUCGCCAUAUUUCAAAAUUGGAUUGUAGUAACCCAUCAAUAUAAUCGGAACAAUGACCCCAGCUGCACGAGCUUCACGGACCAAGUCCAAACAUUUGGCAACGGUAAUACCGUUAUUCAAAGCCACGGUGUUGGCAGCUUGGAUGGUUGCACCGUCGGCAAUAGGAUCAGAGAAUGGAAUCCCCAAUUCAAUGAUAUCAACUCCACCUUUUUGCAUCCCUUGUAAGAUAGGAAUGGUGUCUUCAAUGGUAGGAUAGCCGGCAGUGACAAAGUUAACCAAGGCAUUACGGCCUUCAAGCUUGCAUCGGUCGAAAGUUUCUCUUAAGGCGUCAGUCAUGUUUGUAUGUUUUGUAUUGAUGUUUUAAAAGAAAACUUGAAGAU